ACCCUAGAACUGUUGCAAGAAGAGAUGGCAAUUGAAGAAGAAAUUAAGGCAGAGUUCGGAAGAAGCGGUUUUGACCUUGAAGAUGAAGAAGAAAUUCUAAACAAAUGUCUCCCAUUUUGCAUAAACUACAGUCUCAAGCCUUCGGAUCUCGUUUCAAGUUGGGAGGUUUAUUAUCUAAACAGACAGCUGAGUGGAUCAACAGUUCAAAGUGCUGAAAUAGAUGGCUUUUUGGUGUACCUACAAAAUGAGCAGAAAGAAGCUAUUGUCAAGGAGGAAACUGAUAUUCAUAUUUACUCUAGUAGAGAUGUAGAAAUGAUCUUAAAUGAUGAUGAUGAUAUUUCAAAAGAUGAUGCUCCUGGAACUCCGACAGAUCAUCAACAAGCUCUUCUAUCACCUGCAUAUGAUCCAACCUCUUUAACUAAUGGGAGUGUUUUAUCAUCUGGAAAAUCAUCAAAACCUGCAACAACAUUUUCUAAGCGCACAAAUAGGCUUGAGGUGAAGUUCAGCAUCAACAACAUGCCUGAUCUAGAGAAUAGAAAACAAGAACCUGGUCAUGAGAAUGAUGAGGAUGACAUAGUCAGAAAGGUUCAUCCACGGCAAAGGUGUUCAUUUUUGGUGCAUGGAUCAGGGCCCAGACCAGGUUGUAGAUUCAUGUAUGAUAGGACUGAAGAUCGGUUUAAUGCAUUAGAAAACCGAAUUAAGAAACAUACAAGGGUGCAUGUGGCGUCUGGGCACUAUGAAGAACCAAUGGACCCAACACUUGCUUCACAGAGAAGCAUUUUCACGGUUGGCAUGAUUUCUUGUGAUGGAGAAGGGCGUCUAAAUGAGAAGUCUGUCAUGCUGCAGAGCAGUGCUGAGAACUCUGGAGGGCAACGGGUUCGCCUAGAAUUACAACAACUAAGCCAGUUUUCAGUUUUCCCAGGGCAGGUAGUUGGUAUUGAAGGGCAUAAUCCUAGUGGUCACUGUUUAGUGGCAUCCAAAAUGGUAGAUUCUAUAGUUGCCUCUCUUGGUGAUAGCGAGAAUUUGAAUCCAGCAAAGAGGCAAGCCUUCGAUAAGGAAAAUCAUCUGACAGAUCUGCCUUGCAAGCAGAGGGAGUUAUCAAUGGUUAUUGCAGCUGGCCCUUUUACUACCACAGAUAAUCUGUCGUUUGAACCUCUUGCAGAACUACUGGCAUAUGCAAAGAAAAGACCACCACAAUUAAUUAUAUUGAUGGGACCAUUUAUUGACACUGAACACCCAGACAUUAAAAAGGGAACCACAGAAAGGAGCUAUGAUGAAAUAUUUCGUAUUGAAAUCCUCAGAAGGUUGGAAGAUUAUGUAGAGUGUAUGGGUUCUGCAGUACGUAUUCUUCUCGUACCUUCUGUACGAGACGCUAACCAUGAUUUUGUUUUCCCUCAGCCCGCAUUUGACAUCAAUCUUCCUGAUCUCAAGCCUCAGAUAGCCAGUAUCACUAAUCCUGGAAUUUUUGAGGCAAAUGAGGUCAAGGUUGGUUGCUGCACCGUGGAUAUUCUCAAGCAGCUGAGUGGGGAGGAAAUAUCACGAGUUUCAGCAGAUGCGAAACCCAGUGAUCGCAUGAGUAGACUUGUAAACCAUAUUCUUAAGCAACAAAGCUUUUAUCCUCUUUAUCCACCGGCAGAAAGUGUUCCCUUGGACCAUUCUCUUGCUCCAGAAGCUCUUCAAGUCCCGUCAGUGCCGGACAUUCUCAUUUUACCUUCAGACAUCAAGUACUUUAUCAAGGUGCUUAGUGAAGGAAGUGAAGGGGACCACAUGAAGUGCAUUUCUGUCAAUCCAGGAAGACUAGCCAAGGGAGAAGGAGGGGGUACUUUUGCCGAGCUUGACUUCUAUGGGAAUUCUGACACAAGCAAUGCUUCAAUUGUUGGCAUAUAAACUGUUGAGUGCUGGAUCAAAAUAUCUAGAGCUUCCCUCAGAUCAGAAUAACUGUUCUAACAAUGCUCCCUGCCAUGUUAGACGUGACAUUUCACGUCUGAUAACCACAAACGGAUCUGUAGCCUGGUUGCAGGCUACGACUAUUUACCCAACGCCCGGGUUUAUAUUUCUACGACCGCUUAAAGUUUGAAUUGGACUAGUCACAAAUGGAUGCAGGGGUUUGGACAACUGUA